AUCUGGAACAAGAGACGCUGGAGAGCCCACCGGAGUGUGCUCGUAAAGUAAAGACCAAAUUUCACUGCCACACGGCAAAGACCGUAAUGGCGAUCAUGAAGCCUGCCAUAAUACGAACGAAACCUAAGCGCGUUUUCGCUUGAUAGGUCUUUGCUGUACAACAUGCGCCGCAUCCACUGGAGGAGACCGAAUUGACGGUUUGGUGGUACAAAUGUAAGCACAAAUGGCUGGUAUGGCAGCAAGGUUUCUUACGUGACGCGUCUGUUUAGACUCGAAGCAUCGCAUAUUCAAGCGAAUUAUUCGGAUGGCACGCGAGCUGCAGUCUGCAUUUUUAGCUCGCUGUUCGUCGGUUAGCGAUUCAUCGUGGAUCAUGGCCUCGAUUAGCUCAAGUUGAGACUGUGCAAGCCUGGGUGCCAUUAUGCUUGGAGCUCACCGCGGCAAUCCUCACGAUUGCAUCUGUUGGUUGACCAGGCCGUACCGUAUGCCAAUCGAAACUGCAAAUCACAACAAUUUCCAAUCGCUGAAAAUUCUGGAAUCUCGUUCAGACUUACGGCUAGAAGUGGCCACCAAUGACCGAGCUAUGGGUUCCGAUGCGGGCUGGGAGGUUAUGCUAUCGCACAACAUGAGAAACGGAACAACAAUUGGCUUCUGUAAAGCAACUCGGUGGCAGAAUGGUACAACGCCUGAAUGUCUGGAUAAGUCCAUUGAGACGCUUUUACAGGGAAGGUUGAGCCCGGGUCAGUUGUGUCAUCCGAUGCUUUUGCCGAUUAUUAUAUUCAGCCAUGAAAUAGAUGACAAUAUAGAAGAGAAGCAGAAGGAGGCAGUGGAUAAUCUCGAAGAACUCACCAGGGCAAUCGACAAAUUCUGGCGACGAAAGCUAGUACGCCAUGGAGAGCUUACCGGCGAGGAAAUCGCCACAUUUCAUGGAGAAUUGGUGGCUUGCCACGAUAAGGUCCUGUGGAAACGACCAGCGCGAUACCUCGAAGUUUUGAACGAAAUGCAUGAUGCAUUAUUGACAUUGUAUGCGGGAUAUGAUGCCGAUAGAAAACAUUUCCUCGACAGUGCUUAUAUUGAGCUCUUGGCCCGGGUUACGUUCUAUCAAUCCCAGCUGAAAGCACUGAAAGCAAGCGCAGAUCGUACUGCGGCAAAGUUGAAGACGCAGCGAGAAUUAUUGCAAGCAUUGAUAUCAUUAGAUGUCUCGAGGCACCAGGAAAAGCAGCAGAAAAGAGAUAGGGAAGAUAGUGAUCGCGUAGCGGCCGGGCAAACACUUAUCGCUCUUCUUGGUAUCUUCUUCUUGCCGGCGUCGUUGGUGGCGGGCAUUCUCAGCACAACGUUCUUUGAUUUUAGAGAUCCAGUCAUUCUGUCAGAUAAUUUCUGGAUUUACUGGAUGAUUACCUUGCCAUUAACGACAAUCGUUCUUGGUGUCUGAAUUUGGUACAAAUUGCACCAAGCCAGAGAAGCACAGGCGGCGACACGCCGGGACAGAAAACGAGCAAGAAGGUAUGCAAGAGAACAGUAGGGAAACACCGUGGCUCAGCCCAACGGAUGGCCAGGGUUUCAUAGAAAAUAUUCUUGCGGACUUUACUAGUGGGGACUUAUCAGGCGAAUUUAAUAAAAUCUUAAGCUAGUAGUAUAGCGACCGCUUAUCUAGCAUAGUAUCCUAU